AUGACAAUGGCAAGUCCGAAGAGGUCCCAAUCUUUUACGAAAGAGGGGCUACUCACACCUACGUCGUCUCAUGCGCCACCACCAAGACAGAGACGUUCAUCGUCGAUUCUUCAACAUCUUGAACCUGAUACUUUGGACACUAAAAUUGACCAAGCUCUCAAUCCCAACUUGAACGCUGAGUGGGUCAACUACAAGGGAGGAUGGGCAAUCCAUCUCGUUAUCAUUGUCAUUCUCAAGCUAUUCUUCAACUUUUUCACUGGUCUUGAUAACGACUGGAGUUGGACUUUGACCAAUGUUACUUACAACAUCGGGCUGUAUAUCAUGUUCCACCAGGUGAAAGGAACGCCUUUCGAAUUCAAUUCCGGAGCAUACGAUAACCUUACAAUGUGGGAACAAAUUGACAAUGGAGACCAAUACACCCCAACGAAAAAGUUUUUGAUGAUAGUGCCUAUUGGCUUGUUCUUGGUCAGCACACAUUAUACAAAAUACAAUUUGCCUCUGUUCACUCUCAGUGGAUUGAGUUGUUUGUGUGUCGUUCUUCCAAAGUUAGCAGUUGCUCACAGAUUACGUUUCACGUUUUGCUAA